AUGGCAGCUCUGCAGCUCAAUUUCACUCUGGACACUCCCGCCAAGGUGAAGACCGUUCACUUGCUUGGCUCCUGGGACGGUUACCACGGUCAACUACCGCUAUCGAGAUUGUCCAGCGGGAAAUACUCUUCCUGGGGUGGGAAAUUCCGCUUUCAGCCGUCCAUGAUAAAGCCAGGUCAGCGUUACUGGUACUAUUACAUUUUGGACGGAUAUCGUGUCUAUCAUGAUCCUGAUUGCGAGUCCACCGUGGAACGUACAACUAAGCGAACUCUGAAUAUCCUCGAUGUUCCGGCAAAUGUUGCGAAACGACCUGCUCCGCAGGCAACUCCACAGAGCCCGGCAAUUCCACAGGGCCGCGGACUCUCUCCUUCGAGGAUUCUCCACCCAAAACCGUCCAAGCCUUACGAGUCGCAACGCUUCUGUGAGAAGGCCUAUGCCUCCCAACGAACCAUGGACGCGCUCAAUGCGCGAUUCCGGGCCACUGAUCUUUCAGACUCGGAUUCAGAUAUAUCCUCCAGCCCAUCGUCCAACUUCAGCUCGUCUGUCCGUGGUGGCAGUACCUCGCCAUCGUCGAUAUCGUCUCUGAGUGACACUGGCUCCCCCUGCAGCUGCCAGCGGUAUGGUGUCACCGCCUCUGGGGAGCGUGUCAGGAUUCAUUGCGGAGGCAAGCGCUGUGGUGGAAGCUCACCUUGUGAAUCGUCGAGCUCGGACUUUGAUUCGUGCAGCGCUGAUUCUGACGAGGAAUACCAGCAUGUGCGCGCUCAGCUCCGUCGGCAGCAUAUCCGGGUCCGCCGCUGA